AUGCACCUCGACGACGAGCCGCCGCAGUACCAGGCCGUGUCCACGCCCACCAGGAGCAGCCACGAGGACGCGGGCGUGGCCCGCACGCGCAGCCACUCACACGCGCUUUCCGCCAUCCUCGGAGCCAAUGGGCGCGUCUCAGCUUCAGCUUCCGUUGCCAACUCUGUAGAUUGGAGGCCCUCGAGUCAGCAGCAACUUCAAGUUGCCGCAGGUUCCAACUCGCAGUUGCAGUUGCCGGCCCCGGAGCUGGCCGAGUCAAAGACCGAGUUGCCGGUACGACUAGCGAGGUGGAGGAAAAAGAGGCGGCGCUGGAGACGGAUUCUCUUCUGGCUCGGGUCCGUUAGCGUGUUUUUCAGCUGCUUCGCCGUGACUUUUGCCGCGCCGCAACAAACUCAGCGGUUAGCACCAACCGUGUUAGGUGCGGGGCUGAGUCUCUUGACCACUCUACUGGUGCUCGUGUCAUUCCUGCGGAGGAGAAGAUUACGUCGACGACCGAACGAACUGUUGGCGUAUGUGGCGUUAAGCGAGUUCGGCCUCGCGAUGUUGACGCUAACGCACACUUUGACAAUGUGCAGUACGGAGGACGGGACCUGUCGCCCCAUGGGGAUGGCAACUUGCAGCGUGGCGGCGGGUUUAGAGAUGUUUCUGCUGCUGGCAGGGGUGGGCUGGUUCGGUGCCGCCAUUUUGCACUUGUUCGUGUCGGUCUCGAACCCAUUCGCAAGUUACAAGCGGCAACUCGUGCUCUACCACUUGGUCGUGUGGGGGUUUUCACUUGUUGCAAGUGUUGCAACACCAUUUGCAGUUUUUUCGCAACAUGUCCAAGACGAAUUUCAACUUACACAAGCCGAAGUGUGUCGCGCCGUGGCGUUAAUUUUGCCGAUGUUGCCUACCGACGCUAACCAGACGAUUACGCUGAGAACGGAGAGAUUGGCGCAGUGGCAGGAGCUCAACUUGGAGUUUUGGGGCGUUUUGGUCGCGAUCGUGGUGUUCGUCGUGGUAUCGGCGCAAUUGUGUCUCGUAGUGGGCUGGUGGCGGUCCAACAGCGGGACAAUUAUUGCGUUCAAGGCCCGACGACGUCUUAUGAAGCGCAUGACAAUUUACGUCCAUGCGCUGAAUGCAACAUGGCUGGUGUUGCUGGUGGUGUUUUUCAUCUACCGGUCGAACGCCAGUGCACUUGCUUACGUUCAAGUGGAAGGCGUUGAGCAACAAACGAGUAAAGGGAUGAACUUCCUUGACGCGUUUUUCCACUUCGUACUGACCGCCAAGGGGUUCGUGGCAGGCGUGGUCUGGCUCAGUGUGAACAAGCCGUGUUGCGUUCUCGGACUGGUGUUUUGUGGCAUUCAUCAGUGCAAAGAGAACGACGACGAUGGCCCAUCGCUCGGAGCGUCGGUCUCGGCAUCAGCGUCGUCUCAGUCGGCGUCAUUGUCAGGCUCGUCAAACGGAGAUGCCGGGGUUCCAAGGGCAAACAACGUGGCACUUCUCUCAGCUACGGUAAUGUCUAUGGAGGCGGGGAUACUGGCACCACAAGACAUGCCCAUGAUGUCGCCGACGUCGACCGUGUUGGCCUUUGAAGCGCACGAGAGCGUGCGCGAGAGUGCAGCGGUGAGACCGCAGGAGCGGCAGUCACUGGCGCCCCUGUCAUCCGUCAUGGGCCCUCCAUCCACGGCAAGAUCGAGCCGUUCGUCAUCCUCUUCGUACGAUGCUUCCACUGUGGAGUCGUACGAAGCCUCGCAGAACAACGAAACUCUCCAACGAGAGAUUAUUUAUUACACGGUAUGUGGAAUCACCAAGGCCAUUAUUCGGGCAGCAGAGCGUGCUAGAGCAUCAAGUAUCACUACCGACAACGCCAACACUGUCCUCGGAGAAGACGGCGUGGCCAACUCAGCCGUUCGGAACCGCGAUGGCGGAUUAGUAGAGACGACUCUGUUCGUGGGGGCGGAGCGAGACUCGACGCUGGUUAACAGCACAUUUAUCUCCCACGUGCAGAGCGUCACGAUCCUCUCGUCUCCCCGGGCAUAUUGCGAGCCGCGAACGCAACUUCCCGUUGUAGCUCUUCACCGUUCACUGGUUGGAGUCGACGAUGCGGAACUUCGUGGCGGGGACCGCGUACAGCAACAUCCGCGACCGACUUCCUUUACAGGUGCUUCAAGUCUAGACUUGUCCGGAAACUGGCGCCAGCCACUCGAGCUCCAACACAGCCGUAGUCAAGGCAGCCAAAGCCCUCGCAGCUCCAGAACCAGCUUGACAGCGAGCAACAUCCUGUUCCGCUCGUUCCACCAAACUCCAGGACGAUUUUCGCUGUACCCAGUGUCCCAGGUCCCUUUCGAGCUUUUCGAGCAGGAAAUUGAGCUUCAAAGUACGAGAUCCUCCGUCGACACGGAGCAGCCGGUGGAGGGCAAGUCGACGCGCUCGGCGGUUUUCGCUGGCCUUCGUCGAACAGCCUCGUCAGCGUUUAGCCAAGGGCGUGGGGUCUUCCGAAAUCGAAGUGGCAGCACAGAAGCUACUGGAGCUGGCACGCCUAGCACUGGUAGUGCCAUUGGCCGCGAGUUCUUGCCCGACGACCCAAAGCCCAAGGUGUUUGUCGACUACGCUCCCCGCGAGUUCCGUGCGAUUCGGCUUGCAUUCGGCUUGUCGGACGAGAAGUAUCUGGCGAGCUUCCGCACGACGGCGAAGGAACGCGUGAGUUCGGGGUCAAGUGGCGCCUUCAUGUUCUUCUCGGGAGACAACUCGCUGCUGGUCAAGAGUCUGAAGGAGAAGGAAUGCCGAGCUCUAGUGGAUAUGGCCCCGCAGUACGCGCGCUACCUGACAGCAAACCCACACUCGCGACUCAUUCGGUUCUUCGGGUGCCAUCGCGUUCGGCUCUACGGUCGCAACUUCUACUUCGCGGUUAUGUCGAACGUGCUACACAGCGAGCAGCACACUGCCACAAUUACGGAGAAGUACGACGUGAAAGGCUCAUGGGUGGACCGUCGCGCGCGUCGACCGCAACGCGGUGACCGAGUUACCUGCGCCGAGUGUGAUGCGACCUACAUCUUCGGUGGAACCAACGAAGACGUCAUGUCGGACGCUGCUGUUGAUACCGGCGAUGGCCGCACCUCAGCUUUGGACGGUACUGUGCCGCAGUUCCCGUUCCACGUGCACCGACCCGACAUCGUGUUCAAGGACUUGGACCUGGCUCGCUCGCUCCAUUUGCCUCGAGACGUGGCUGCUCAUCUCAACAAGCAGCUGGUCUCGGACUGCGAGUUUCUCCGGGACGUGGGCAUCAUGGACUACUCGCUGCUCAUCGGCAUCCACAAGUGCCACCUGCGCGCUCCUCGUCCUGGCGGGUUCGGUACAGCGUCCGACUUUGACGAAGCCUUCGAUCGCGAAGUCAACCUCGAGGACCCCAACAGCGGCGUGAAUCUUUCACCGCUCGGAGACGAUGAAGUCUACUUCGUCGGCAUCAUCGACAUCCUGCAGCAAUGGGACUGGGAGAAACAACUGGAGAAAGCUGGCAAGGUGCUGCUGGGCAAGUCUGCUCGAGGGAUUUCCGCCGUCGCGCCGGCGCCGUACUGCCGUCGCUUCCAAGCUCGUUGCACGCAGAUCCUGCUGGGCGGUCCAGCGCCCGAAGACUUGGACCUGGACUGGGAAGUCGACCCCAACGCUGCGAGCGUCAGAGAAAAAGAGACCAAGUCGCGUCCGAACUCGAAGAAAAUCAAGGAGAUGGCCAUGGCCAACCUCAUCGACGACAAAGCGUAA